AAAAGUAACAAGUGAAGCAAACCUUUUCUUUCCAAACAAGAAACGGAGCAAGUUGUCGCUAUAAAUACUCCAUCCCCAAUCCUCGGAUCCCCAUACCAUACUCUUUCCUUUUCCUCUGUACAACUUCCUUUCCUCUGCAAAACUCUCCCUAUUCUUCUGCAUCCGAUCGUUCUUCGUCUAGAAGAAGCAUGAGUAACCAAGCUGAAUCGUCCGAUGCUAAGGGGACCAAGAGGGAUUUUAGUACUGCGAUUCUCGAACGCAAGAAGGCGGCCAAUCGGCUCGUCGUCGAUGAAGCAGUCAACGAUGAUAAUUCCGUCGUUGCUCUGCAUCCCGAUACAAUGGAGAAGCUUCAGCUAUUCCGCGGUGACACGAUCUUAAUCAAGGGCAAGAAAAGGAAAGAUACAAUCUGCAUUGCCCUUGCUGAUGAAACCUGUGAUGAACCAAAGAUUAGGAUGAACAAAGUUGUUAGAUCAAACCUGAGGGUCAGGCUUGGGGAUGUAGUUUCUGUGCAUCAGUGUGCCGAUGUCAAAUAUGGGAAGCGUGUCCACAUUCUCCCUGUGGAUGAUACCAUUGAAGGGGUCACUGGGAAUCUGUUUGAUGCGUACUUGAAACCUUAUUUCCUAGAGGCAUACCGCCCAGUGAGGAAGGGCGACCUCUUUCUUGUAAGGGGAGGAAUGAGAAGUGUGGAAUUCAAAGUUAUUGAGACUGAUCCACCAGAGUACUGUGUGGUUGCCCCCGACACUGAGAUCUUCUGCGAGGGAGAGCCUGUGAGAAGGGAGGAUGAGGAUAGAUUAGACGAGGUUGGUUAUGAUGAUGUUGGUGGUGUCCGUAAACAGAUGGCACAGAUUCGGGAGUUGGUGGAGUUGCCAUUGAGGCAUCCACAACUCUUUAAAUCAAUUGGUGUGAAACCACCUAAAGGGAUUUUGUUAUAUGGACCUCCAGGAUCUGGAAAGACUUUAAUAGCAAGAGCUGUUGCUAAUGAAACUGGUGCUUUUUUCUUUUGUAUAAAUGGACCGGAGAUCAUGUCAAAGUUGGCUGGAGAGAGCGAAAGCAAUCUCAGGAAAGCAUUUGAGGAAGCAGAGAAGAAUGCUCCAUCCAUUAUUUUUAUUGAUGAGAUUGAUUCUAUUGCUCCCAAGCGAGAGAAAACUCAUGGAGAAGUUGAGAGGAGGAUUGUUUCCCAGCUUUUGACUCUUAUGGAUGGUCUUAAGUCCCGUGCUCAUGUUAUUGUCAUUGGUGCCACAAAUCGUCCCAACAGCAUUGACCCUGCCCUGAGAAGGUUUGGUAGAUUUGAUAGGGAAAUAGAUAUUGGUGUUCCAGAUGAGGUUGGGCGUCUUGAGGUUCUUCGCAUCCAUACGAAGAACAUGAAGCUCGCUGAAGAUGUUGAUUUAGAAAAAAUUGCCAAAGACACACAUGGAUAUGUUGGCGCUGAUUUAGCAGCUUUGUGCACUGAGGCUGCACUCCAAUGCAUCAGAGAGAAGAUGGACGUGAUUGACUUGGAAGAUGAGUCCAUAGAUGCUGAGAUACUCAACUCUAUGGCUGUUUCGAAUGAGCACUUCCAAACUGCUCUUGGAACAAGCAAUCCAUCUGCUCUGCGAGAAACAGUUGUUGAAGUGCCCAAUUGCAAUUGGGAAGAUAUCGGAGGCCUUGAGAAUGUCAAGCGGGAGCUUCAAGAGACCGUUCAAUAUCCUGUGGAGCAUCCUGAGAAGUUUGAGAAGUUUGGUAUGUCACCCUCAAAGGGAGUUCUUUUCUAUGGCCCACCAGGAUGUGGGAAAACUCUUCUGGCCAAGGCUAUUGCCAAUGAAUGUCAGGCAAACUUUAUCAGUAUCAAGGGUCCUGAAUUGCUUACCAUGUGGUUCGGGGAGAGUGAGGCCAAUGUUAGAGAAAUAUUCGACAAGGCUCGUGGAUCUGCUCCUUGUGUCCUAUUCUUUGAUGAGCUCGACUCAAUUGCUACCCAGAGGGGAAGCAGUGUAGGAGAUGCUGGAGGAGCUGCUGAUAGGGUUUUGAAUCAACUCCUGACUGAAAUGGAUGGAAUGUCUGCCAAGAAAACUGUUUUCAUUAUUGGAGCCACCAACAGGCCAGAUAUUAUUGAUCCUGCACUUUUGCGGCCUGGCCGUCUUGAUCAAUUGAUUUAUAUCCCUUUGCCUGAUGAAGAUUCUCGGCAUCAGAUUUUCAAGGCUUGCCUUAGGAAAUCUCCUGUUUCCAAAGAUGUAGACCUGAGAGCCCUUGCCAAGUACACCCAAGGCUUCAGUGGUGCCGAUAUUACGGAAAUAUGCCAACGUGCCUGCAAAUAUGCCAUAAGGGAGAACAUUGAGCAGGACAUCGAGAGGGAGAGGAGGAGAAGGGAUAAUCCCGAGGCUAUGGAGGAGGAUGUAGAAGAUGAGGUGGCGGAGAUCAAGGCCGCUCAUUUUGAGGAAUCAAUGAAGUAUGCGCGUAGGAGUGUGAGUGAUGCUGACAUUCGCAAGUACCAGGCGUUUGCUCAAACAUUGCAGCAGUCUAGAGGGUUCGGUACCGAAUUCCGAUUCUCAGAGACCAGUGCAGGGACUACUGGAACUGACCCUUUUGCAGCCUCUGCUGGUGGGGCUGACGAAGAUGACCUAUAUAGUUAGGUUAUUUGUAUCUGGCUUUUCUCUUCUUUUGUGUCCACUUUUCUUUCUAUUUCUUCAAUUGUAUGUUACUUCCUGUGUCAUGGGGUAAAAGCCUUCAAGAGAUUAUUAUCAUCAAACUCAGGGCUUCUGGCUUUUGGCCGGUGGAUGACUCCUGGUUCCGGGUUAAAUCUAAAACACUAUUUGUUGUCCUGAAGGUUAUCAUGGAUGGGUGGAAGUUAUUUAUGUAAGUUAAAGUUAAGUUAUCCGAGUUUAUGUUUACUAA